AUGAGUAUUAUGAGCUAUCACGGAGGUACCAUCCUGGCCAUGGCCGGAGAUGAAUGUAUCUGCAUAGCUUCUGAUCUUAGAGUUGGUGAACAGAUGACUACUGUAGCCGUGGAUCAGAAAAAGGUUCAUAAAAUUGGAGACAAAGUUUUUGUCGGACUUGCCGGAUUCAACACCGAUGCCAAGACUGUGCUGGACAAGAUAUCUUUCCGUAAAAGCUUAUAUGAACUGAAAGAGAAUCGCAAAAUCAGACCUGAGGUUCUUGCUACCAUGAUUUCAAAUCUUUGCUAUCAACACAGAUUCGGACCUUAUUUCACCGAACCUCUUGUUGCUGGAUUAGAUCCCAUCACUAACAAGCCUUACAUAUGCGCUAUGGAUACUAUUGGUUGUAUUGCUUCACCCAGAGAUUUCGUUGCUGUCGGUACCGGACAAGAAUACCUUUUGGGUGUUUGUGAAAGUUUCUGGAAGGAGAAUAUGAAUAGUGAUGAGCUUUUUGAAGCAACUGCCCAGGCUAUGCUUUCAUGUCUUGAACGUGAUGCUGCUUCUGGAUGGGGAGUUGUCGUUUACACCAUCACUAAGGAUAAGGUUAACGUCAGUACUCUCAAGGGGCGAAUGGACUGA